CACGAAUUUAAAUUCGACUCGUGGAGGCGUAUUCAUAUUUUAAUUUUAAUUUUAUUCGAAUAACAAGUAAUCUUAUAUUAAGAGAAUUUACUAGUUUAAAUUCGAGUCGAAAAGGCGUAUUUUAAUUGUAGUUUUAUUUAAAUGACAGGUAAUCUUAUAUUAAGAAAUUAUGUCUGUCAAUGUCACUGUAAACGGAAAUCUUUUGAGCAUACGACGCGGAAGAAUGGUGCUGUCUGAUUUAGAUCAAAUCAAGAAAAAUGAGCGUGAUCGACGUCGGAGGUUACGGUUAGAACAGGUACGACAGCAAUCUAAAGAAAUAUCCGACAGGCUGUUGGAACGUGCAAAGACAAUAGCUAGGCAAGAGCUAAAAAAGUUAGACAACAAUGACAAACUUAAUUCCAAGCAAGCGUACGAUGGCAAAAUCUUGGAGAUCCAACAGAAAUAUCAGGAAGACAUGGCUGAUAUUGGUCAGGCGCACAUAUCUGCAAUUUUAGAACCAAAUCAUAACGAGCUGUUGCAAGAAAGAGAGAAACAAAACAAAUUAACUGCAGUUAAAAGAGGAAAAGAAGCAACUAGACUGAUUAGUAACACGCAAGAGGAAAAUGCGCAAUGGUUACACCAGGAUAGAUUGCGUAAAGUUAGGGAACUGGAAAACAUUAGGUCGACAAUGGUGGCUAAACUUCCUAGAGACGCGAUGCUAGAGAAGGAGAGUGCACAGGUGGAAACCGACGGAGCAAAUAGUCAAAGUAGAUGUGUGAAAAAAAAGCAGAGGAGGGGUUUUUUUCGAAAAUCGCCUGGGAAGAUCACCAAAUCUUAUGUUAAAGUCGCUUUAAGCGAUUUUAAAACCUGUUCACCACGUUCAAAGUCGAAAACUACAAAAAGGAAUGGUAUAAGUUCAAUUGUAGAACCUUCAACAUUGAAACCUGUGGCUAUUGUUGAAUGUGAUAAGUUGCAAGAGUCUGAGAACAAAGAUUCUGGGAGAACUGAGUCAGUUUCGAGUGCUAUACAGACAAAAGUUGAUAAAAUCUCGAGGUACAAUCCAGAAGAUUACGUGCAAUCAACUUCGAACUCGAUCAUCAACGGUUCAAGCGACAGUUCUAGUUCGUUUAGCGAAGAUUCGUCGUUCGUACCUGAUACUAUACAUUCUAAAUGUAUAAGACAAUCGGUGAACGAUAAAGUACAGUUGUACGAUCAUAGCAAGCAUCAUUGUAAUACAUAUAAUAAACCGGCCGGAGUGGUUGAGAAAAUACACGUGUGGAACGAGCCCAGCGCGAUAGAUUUAGCGCAAGAAAUUGAACAGGCGCAAUCUGUCGAAUUUCAUUUAGCAAAGAAUCGUAAAUCCGAGGCUCAGAAACGUGGCGAAGACGCUGUGCUCAGGGAGAAAGUCCGUCGCGAUUAUCAGGCACUGGUCCAGAAUUUAAAUCAUCUGGCUUGCGAGGAACGUAAAUUAAAAGCUAGCCACGCGAAACACUAUCUGGAAGAUACAAAUACGCAAGUGGAACGAAGAAAAGUACUACAAAACCAGCACAAAAAAAAGAUAAAUCGUACCAUGAAAGCUUUAUUGGACGAAGAAUGUUUGACACAAUGUUCGUCCUAUCCAAUAGAAAAACAAAUUACGCUUAAGCCAAGAGAAAACGAUAAUGUCGACGUGAAUGCUGUGUGGGAGGACCACGCUGACGAGAACAUCGUGAAAAAUGACAAUUUACGCGAAGAACAAAUAUUAGACAUGUUGAAGAAGGUUGAAAAACAAAAACAGCUACUCUUGAAAGAAUUCGGGGCAGAUUUGCCGGACGAUGUUUUCAAUGCGACAGUGAAGCCUCUGUUUGAAAAGGAAAAAUCGAGUAUCCAAAAACCACUUUCUCCAGAGAUUAAAGUAAUAAACACAUCUUGCAAUGAAAACAAGACCGAGGAGAAGCAGAGCCCGAUAAAAAGGGUGGAGAUUGCCGUGCAAACGACCACUGGAGAUAAACAGGACAUCGCUCAGGACAAAAGCAUUCAAGUAGAAUUGAUACAAGAAAAACAGGUCGAAUCCAAUUCAAUCGACAACGAGAUCAACACCUCGAAACACCAUCCGCUGGAACCAAAAAUCACGGUUAUCGCUCCAGCAGACGAGAGUGAAUCUAGUUCCGUAAUCAACGAAAUUGAUGAACAAAGUUCGAAAGAAACCCCCGUAAAGCAAGACGCGAAGCAAAAAUUGUCCCCGGCGAAGAAGUUUUCGAAGACCAUGCCGAAAUCGCGCUGUAACGGCGUUAAAAACUUGGAAACCGUGACGAACACGCCCAGCAAGAAGAUCAAGAUUUACGUGAACCAGGGUGGGCUCGAUAUUAAGGUGAACCCGCCCCAGGUCGUGGACGUGAGCACUCAGAGUUCUCGAAUAUAUUCGAUCGAGGCUCAAGAAAAAUUAUAUUCCAUCGAAUCGCGGGGAAGGCAAAUGAGAACGAGGGAAAUCUCGGACACUUCGACGUCAUUUGCAAGCCCUCCGCCGAUAAAACCCAGAGACAUACUGGAAGCGCUGAACAAUAUUUCUAUCCUCGAGAUGCUCGAUUCCUCGGCGAACGAGAGCUUGAGACGGUUGAAAAAGGACGUGAGCCCGGUCUCUACGCCGGAAACUCCCUCUCCGCGAACAAUGGGCAUGCCUUCGAACGUUCCGCGACUCGCGAAAAUCAACAGAAUGCUCAGAUACGCCUCCGCGGAUUUCCAACUCAACGAUAGCAGCAUUCAAUCUUCGAAAAACGAUGGCUCGACGUCGACGAAUUUAUCCAAUUCUGGGGAUCUGUCCGAGCAAACGAGAUUUUCGAAGCAACCGAUCGUCUCUGUGGAGGUCUGCUCGUGCGAAAAUCCGGAAUGCAAGUUGACGCUUGGAAGGUUUGAUAAUAUUCGGAACUAUGCGCUGAAGAAUUGCCCUCAGAUACUGCAGAAGUACGAGGAUCUGCAAAAUUUAUGCACGGAAAGGAUUGUUUCUUUGACGAAUCUUAUUGAGAAAGUCCGCAAUGAACAGAAAGGUGUAGAGUUUUCUGUAAUUAGUGCAGGCGAUGAAACCAGUUUGAUGCAAUUACCAUCGCCGAAAAUGAUGCCCAACGAUCUGGAAAAUGUUAAGAAUCUUGUUGAAAACAUAGAAGCUAUCCACGACCAACUAACAAAAACGCUUCUUGAAUCGCAGAGAGUUAUUAAGAAUAAGACAGAAGUCGAGGAGAAGAAAGAUCUAGAUAAAGAAAGUGUUUUAAUCAAGGUACCGGAUGAAACACCUAAAAAUAUUAUUCACAGUGCACAAGCGAAAGCAGAAGCGAAGGAAACCAAAGCCAAGCCAAAGAUCAUAAAUGAGGAAAGAGUGAAUAUUCACCUCGAUAGGUAUAAAAUACAAUACAAACCUCAGACAAUGGCAACAUCUUUGAAAACUAAUUCUCAAGAUAAAUCAGAUUUUCAUGAUGAGGUGGUGAUAGAAAAAUUGUCGAAAGAAAUUUUGGAGCAGAGUAAAAGCUUCAAGAAUGAUUUGAUUGCAACGAAAGAAAACGAAACACGAACGUCAACGGACACUACUGGCUCAAAAACCGAUAUUUCAUUGAAACAAUCCAACCAACAGUCGAAAGAAGACAGAAAUUUCGUUCCGUUAUUGUCAGACAUUCCAAAGCUCCCAAGAUCUUUGGAAACUGGCAUGCUAUCCAACGGAAGAAGCAAACCACCGGUGAGCUUGCUUAGUGGGCCGUAUAGAACCGAGAUUGAGUCUUCAGGCCACGAGCUAUCAACAAUAAUCGAAUUCGACACGCCGGACACAGUAACCAAGAGUCCACUAUCUACUCAGAAAGUUACAGACACCCAAAUAAACAAAGUUUCUUUCACAAACGUCCAAAGUAACCGUUUUAAAAAAUCUUACGACUCGUCGACCUCGAAACAGUCUUCGGAGGAAGCUACCACGUUUCGGGAUUCUUCAAAAGUGUCAAAAAAGAUAGAGUCUCGAGCUCCGGUAAAACCGAAGGCCGAAAGGGGGGAAGAGGAGUCGGAAUGCGAUGGAGUCAAUCGUUUGGUGCCCGGUUCUAACGAGCUGGAGGGAAAUGAGAAAGAUAGGAUGACGUCUACGAGUUCUAACAGCUUUUCCGGUCUGUCUGGAAUUUCCCAGAUAGUCAGCACGCCGUCUUCCGAUGUAAGGUACCCCUCGUCGCCUGAAGAGAUGGAAACUGCCUUAAAGAAAUUGGGAUUAGACUGGGCGAUCACAACGCUGAAGAAGACUCGAGAAGCCAGCGCUCUGAGCUCCUCGUCCAACUCCGACGACCGUACGCCGAUGAACGCCGCGAAAAGAACGAUUUCCCCAGCCAAGAAACAAUUCGAUAGUAAUUACGGUCUACCCGACUUCAGCGACGUGUCCUCGAUAUCUAUUAAAGAUGCCAGCAAGAGCACGGAGCAAGCCGUUCUUUUAAAGGGGAGGACUUCUACGCCGAAAUUGCAGAAUUCGAAUUCUAAUAGUACCGAGACCAGUUUUAGUAUCACGAAUGCUUCGAGACGGAUUCGGGAACAAAGCGACGGCUUGAUUAUUCCAGAUUUAUGCCUGACUAAUGGAAAAUCUGCCAGCAAGAAGGUGGAUGGUUUCUAAUAAGGUUUUGGGUUGGUAGUUUUCGUGGGAAAUAUUUAUAGAAUAUAAUAAAUUUAGGAAGGACUGGACUUUACAGAUUUUGUACUCCUAAUUAAUCAUUUUGCAGAUCAUAUUCACCUUUUUGCAAAUCAAGUUCAUUUUCUUCUUUCGUACUCUACUUUUUUCUAUCGACGAAUUCUCCAACAACAGAAUCCCAUUCUUUCUUUUAAAAAAGAAAUUUAAUGUGGAACGCGUGUUAGUUGAUUUUUCGAAUUAAAAGUAUUUGAUAGAUGUAAUUAAUAACACUUUUUUAACU